AUGUUGAGUGUCAAGUCAUCUGUGGCCAUGGAGGCCUAUAUUCCGUCUAGAAAAUAUUAUCCAAGCGUGAAAGUGAGAGAAACUUAUGAAUACGACUACAUCAUAUUCUACCGAUGGCUAUCGCCAGACCUUUACGAACGAGGCAGAGUCAUGGCACGUUUGGUGGCCGAAAUGAUUGAAAAGAGGAGUCGUCGGAUAUGGCUCGACCAGCAUCAAAUCACCAGAAGCACAGAACCAAAAGAGGUCACCAAACGGAUACGACAGACCUUCCAAACAGUAUCUCAAAUCAUUAUUCUCGCAGCACCCGGAGAUUGGGACAGAUUCUCAAACAUGGACGAUAUCCACCGCUGGGAAUGGGAGAUGAGUCUCAGAAGCGACAAGCAGGUCUGGCUUUUGCAAUACGGAAUGUCAGACAACGAACAACCACUGUCCAAGGAACAGCUAGCUACAGGAAUGGAGACACACUGUCCAACGCUAGCAAAGUUGUUUAUGAGCAAGGAUGUGCACAUACGAUCCUUGUCCAUGGACAGCAUCGACACGGUAGUUAGUGAGAUUUCGGAGGCACGGUAG